CUCUACCAGCGCUGGGUUUUCCUAUGAAUAUGAAAGCACCAGGCAGGAAUAAAAAGCUGGAGAUGGAGCAGCAAGGCAGCCACAGUGAGCAAGGUGAAGCAGCUCCACGUCUGAACAAGCCACCCGUGGCACCUGUCAGGCACCUCUGCAUCAGAAAUUUAGCGAAUCCUGCCUGGAGUCCUCCGGUUCAUCCUCUCUGGCAUCUGGCACCGCAGCCUCCUCACCCAUCGUAAUCCAUCGCUGACUGUCAAGCUCUCCUUGACAAAAUGUUGUGCCUCAGCCUCACCCCACUGCUCGUGCUGGUGCUGGGGGUCAGCCUGGGGGCUGCCUUUCCCCAUGACACCCUGAGGAAGGGCUGCAGGCUGUCCAAGUACCAGAACAUUGCACCCGAGGAACAGAAGGCUGUGGACAAGAUGAGAAAAGAGUUUGUGAACAACCACAAAUGCAACACCAGGCUCUUCCACCGGAAAUGGAAUGCAGUAGACCUGCCGAUGUCCGACCGAGUGGUGCUGGUGGCGGCCGAGCUGAACCUCACCACCGCCAUGCUGGAGCUCCCCGCUGUGCCCAGCUUCGCCGAGGUGCGCCGGCGGCCCCUGGACUUCUUCACCCAGGCGCGGGAGGAUGUGCGGGGCUGUGUGGAUCCUUCGCAUCAGCCCUCGGGCAGACUGAGGCACUGGCUGCACAAGCUGCAAGCGGCCAUGCGGGCGGACAGCACCGAGAGCACCGAGAGCACGGCGUGCCUGAGGGCCACCACCAUCCUGCACGCCCUACAAGUGCUGGACAACCUGCGGUGCGCGGCCCUCCAGGACAAGUGCUGAAGUGCCCUGAAUGCCAGCCCACGGCACCGCCCCCACGGGAGGGCCGGGAGAAACGCCUGCGCUGUACCUCCUAUUGGACCCUUUCCCUCACUUAUGCGAACUCCGGAAACUUUUUUUUUUAUUAUUUUUCUUAGUCUUUUAAAUUAUUGGCUCGGGAGAAGGCAAAGUAAUGCCCUUCCUGAAAAAACGUGAAAAUGCGUAUUUAUAGGAUGCCUUUGCUUUUCUGGUUCUCAAAAUGUUUUUAAGGAAAUCUAUUUUUU